AUGACAGUAACAUCAAAACGUGAACCCAAUAGUUGUUGGCUGCUCAAACACUGUGAUAUAAUUUCAUGGGACGGGGCUAAAAGGUUACCAGUGUUGCCAGAAUUUGUGAUGAAUUCAGUUGUGAAAGAAAAAGCCAGACGUGCAUAUCAAGCUGAUGCGUCCGACAAAUGUCCAGAUAACACUAAAAUAUUUGCUGCUGAUAUGCAGCUCGUCAUUUUAUUACCCAGAUUAACUACCAAAGAGUAUCUGUUUGUAAGAAAAGAUGAUUAUGUCAUACUGUGGCACGAGGCAAUUGCUGGUAGGCUUGGCAUAAAUGUUGCAUCUGCUUAUAUAAAGUGCAUUAAUCUUUCAGCAAAGGAUAAUGUAGUACUUUGGGCCGACAAUUUUACUGGGCAGAAUAAAAAUUGGACUUUAUUUACAUCAUUGGUAAUGUGUGUAAAUCAAGAAUGGGGCCCCAGAAUAGUCACACUCAAAUACCUUGAAAGGGGACACACAUUUAUGAGGGCUGAUGUCAAUGGAACAAUUGAAAAUAAAAUGAGGAAAGCUGCGGAAAUACUCAAUUUCCAAGAUUUUGUUGAUCUAUGUGACAAGGCUAGCAAGCAUACUAGACCUGUAGUUUUGCACUGCAAUGAUUUCCACUGUUUUCAAGAUGACCAUAGAACCCGCCAAAAAAAGAAUGUACAAUUGCCACUAAUUGGUACCAUCGUUGAAGUUGAAUUGCGUAAAGGUAGUCGAGCAGGUCGAAUGUCUAAAGCCAAAGUCUGA